AUGCCGCCUAGUUUUAAUCCAGAAAGUUACGAACACUUAAUUUUGCUAUCUUGUAAGUACUCACACGACAUCAUCAGUGCUGAGAACAGGAAAGUUCUAAAGACUCAUGAGUUGUCUGGGCUCGAUGAGAAUGAGCUGCGAGUCCUGCUUCUCCAAAACGACCCUUUUCUCCUCCCUGAUGUCUGCCAAUUUUACAACAGAAAGGGUUCUACCUGCAGCCAGCACAACAACUGCAACAAGCUUCAUAUUUGUCGACACUUUCUCCAAGGGGACUGUAGAUUUUUUCCAUGCAAGAUAUCCCAUAACCUCUUGCACACCCAUGCAUUGAGAGUGUUGGAAACUGGAGGCAUUGAUGUGAACAUAGCUUCAAACAUCCAGGCUAUAUAUGAUUACAAGCAUCUGGAAUUCAUCAAGGAACUGAAGAAGGGAAAAAAUAAAAAAGAUGAUUCCUCUGCUAAAGUUUCGAAGGACAAUAAAGAAGACAAGUGUGAUGAGCUAUGCGUGUUCUAUGUCUGGAAGUACUGCAAACAUAGAGAUAAAUGCAAAUUUGUUCAUUACCAUUUGCCGUAUCGAUGGCAAAUACAUGAUGGGAGCACCUGGAAUGACCUUCCCAUGAUGGAGGAAAUUGAAAAGGCCUACUGUGACCCAAAAAACAGCAGCAUAGCAAGUAAGAGCAUUGAUUUCCAGACAAUGACCCAGUCAUGUUCUUUGCUUCGACGCCUCUCUACGCCAUCAUCAGUCACAAAACCCACAUUUGUAUUGACCACGCAGUGGAUUUGGUAUUGGAAGAAUGACCAAGGCCAGUGGAUUGAAUAUGGAGAACAGGGAGAAGGGGAUAGUGUCAGCUCACCAUCUUCUGAUGUUAUGGAGAAUUUGUAUCUAGCAGAUCCAGAUGCCACCGUAUCUUUCCAGGCUGGCUUGCAACAUUACCAGCUCAAUUUUAAAGAAAUGACCCAGACAAACAUGUCUUCUAAAACUCGAAGACAGGUCUGCAGGCGACCAAAGUUUGUGUCUGCUGAAGAUGUGCAGAAGAUAAAGAAAGGCCAGAGGGAUUCUUCUAUUCCAAAUCAAACCUGUCCCAGCCACUGGGAUCCAUCUGCACUGCCUGACUUGGGAUACAAGGCAGUGGAGAUCAGUAAUACAACCUCUGAAUACAACAGAAUAAAGGAGCUGUUUCUUCAGACUAUGAAAAACUACAAUGUCCUUAAAAUACAGAGGAUUCAGAAUCCAUCCCUCUGGAAAGUGUUUCAGUGGCAAAAGGAGCAGAUGAAGAGGGAAAGUGGAGGGAAGGAAGUAAACGAAAAGCUCCUGUUCCACGGAACCGACGCCUCCUUCAUGAAAGCCAUCUGCAUUCACAACUUUGACUGGAGAAUUUGUGGAAGCAAUGGAACUAACUACGGAAAGGGGAGUUACUUUGCUAGAGAUGCUUCCUAUUCCCAUGCAUACUGUCAGCCUGCGAUGAAAACAAACAUCAUGUUCGUGGCUCGUGUAUUGGUUGGAGAUUAUAUUAAGGGCAAUGCAGCCUAUGUUCGCCCCCCGACAAAGUCUUUUGACAGGCUUCGGUUUUAUGACAGCUGCGUGGACGACGAGUUAAAUCCUUCCAUUUUUGUUGUCUUUGAAAAACACCAGAUUUACCCAGAGUAUAUAAUAGAGUAUAAGCAGGAUGAAAAAAAAUGUAUUAUAUCGUAG